AUGAAUUCAUCAUAUGAACCAUUGCCACUUAUCAUUGAUCCAUUCAUUGUUCAUUUUCUGUCUUCUACGAUUGAACCUCCACCUCCACUACCGUCAUCAAUUUUCUUCUACGAUCCUUUUCUUGUCGUACCACCACCACCUGCUAUCAACAUUUCUCAAAUAUCACCAAAUUCGUCUACAAAAUUGGUCACAUCGAAUCGUCAUCGGUUUACACCGCUUCAACUAUUUACUCUUCAUCGUCUUUUCAUACAAUUGCCAUAUCCAUCAUUGGAAGAACGACGAACUAUAGCUGAACAUCUUUGUAUUGAUAUUGAACAAGUUCGUGUUUGGUUUUCCAAUCGUCGAUCGCGACAUCGUGGAUCUAACUAUCAAUCUAAUCUCAUUCAACCAACCUCUGAUGAACAUUCAAAUAUGAAGGAAUUGUUUGAUAAAUUAAAUGUAGCUAUUUAA